UUGUCACGCUGUUUGAAUAUAAAUAGCCGGCGCUUAAAAAAAACGAGUGUUCGAGAAUUCAAUCGAUCCGGCAAAGUUUGUGUGAUUGUUUCAAUAAUCGCGUGUUUGGGUCAAUUGAAAUAACGAGAACAAACAAACAAACCAAAAAAAAUAACACCGUGACCAUGUUCAAACGACGAUUUCAAGAAGUAGAUCAUGAAGAUAGAUUCGAAAAGAAAGCACGUUUCGAUUCGUUUUCGAUAUCGGAAGAAUCGAUUGAAGAUAAACUUGAUGAAUUGAUUGUUAAAAUUGGUGAAAAAUCAACAUCAUCGAUCGAUAAGAAUAUUGAAGAUUUGGCCGAUAUUUUUAACUUUGAUAUUCUUCCAAAAAAUACUCGCAUUGUUGAUGUUUUCUGUGAAUGUGUUGUCGAAUUUCCACAUAAAAUUUGUAUCUAUUCAACAUUGGUCGGUUUGUUGAAUGUAAGAAAUUAUUCGUUUGGUGGUGAAGUAGUUGAAAAAUUGAUUGUCAAUCUACGAAAUCAUUUGAAAAAUGGUUUGUAUGAAAAUGCACGUUUUUUGGUUCGAUUUUUGGCCGAUUUAGUUAAUACUCGUGUUAUUUCAUGUGGUUCAUUGAUCAAUUUGUUUGAAAAUCUUGUUGAUGUAACAAUGGAAGAUAAUAUACCACAGGUUCGUUCAGAUUAUUUUGUAUUCAUUGUUUUAUCGGCAUUACCUUGGGUGGGUAAAGAAUUGUAUGAAAAAAAAGAACAAGAAUUAGAUCAAAUAUUAAACACUAUCGAUAGUUAUAUGGCAAAACGAACCAAAACACAAUAUCAUUCUGCAUUAAAAGUUUGGCAUUCAGAUAAUCCACAUCCACAGGAAGAAUAUCUUGGUUGUAUUUGGAAUCAAAUAAGUAAACUUCGUGAAGAAAAAUGGAUUGAACAUCAUAUCUAUCGACCAUACAUACAUUUUGAUAAUGUUUUAUGUGAAGCAUUACAACAUAAUGUUAGUUCAAUUAAACCACCAACACAUGAAUCAUCGAAUAUUUAUCCAUAUCCGCAAGUUGUAUUUCGUUUAUUUGAUUAUACUGAUUGUCCGGAACGUAGUAUUCUACCUGGAUCUCAUUCUAUUGAUCGAUUUAUAAUCGAAGAUACAUUACGUUGGAUUUUUAAUCUAAAUUGUUUUGAUCGUAAAGAUUGUGCUACCGGUAUGUUAAACUAUUUGAAUCUAUCGAUUGGUUCGAAAAUUCCAUUAGAAUAUGUAAUUGUUGAAGUUAUGUUUGGUGAAAUGUUUGCAUUACCGAAAUCAAAAUUUCCGGAAAUUUGUUAUGGAUCAAUUUUAUUGGAUCUUUGUAAAUUACAACCAAGUACAUUUCCACAGGUAUUAGCACAGGCUGUUGAAUUAUUAUUUGAUCGAUUAGAUACAAUGAAUGGAGCCUGUAUUAAUCGUUUUGCAUCAUGGUUUGCUUAUCAUUUAAGUAAUUUUCAAUUUCGUUGGAAUUGGGAUGAUUGGAGUAUUGCAUUAAAAUAUGAACCAUUACAUCCAAAACCAAAAUUUAUUGCCGAAACAUUAAGAUAUUGUUUACGUUUAUCAUAUCAUGCAAAAGUUUUGGAAAGUGUACCACAAACAUUUCAUAAAUUAGCACCCGAAAUGGCUAAACCGAAGAAUAAAUUUCUUAAACCAAAAGAAGAUAAAAAAAUGGAUAUCGAUAAUGAACAAACUAUUGAUGAUAAUGGUGAUAAUGAUACAAACAAUAAUAAAAAAGAUAAUGAUGAUGAUGAUCAACAACCAAAAUAUACAAAUUCAAAUGUAAGCAACAUGAUUGAUGCAUUACGAGCUAAAUGUAGUUCGGAUGAAAUAAUUGAUAUUUUAAAUGAAAUUAACGACGACGAUGAUGAUGAUGAUGAAAAUGAACAAAAAUCGUUUCCAAUGAAUUCAUCAACAUUAUUGAAGAUGAAAAUUGAAAUAUUUGUUACAUCAUUAUUAAAUGUAUCAUCCAAAUCAAUGACACAUACAUUUGCAUUCAUAGCUAAAUAUCGUGAAGUUUUGAAAAAAUUAUCACAAACUGAUGAAUCACAGAUUUGGAUUUUGGAUACAAUAUUCGAUGUUUGGACUUCUCAUCAACAGUUGAUGGUCAUUUUGAUUGAUAAACUUAUGAAAUCCGAAGUCUUACAAUAUUCGAAUGUAGCUAUUUGGGUAUUUUCCAAAGCAAAUUCUGAAGAAUUUAUGAAUUUUUACAUGUGGGAAAUAUUACAUUCAACAAUCAAACGAACAAUUCGUAAUAUUAAAAAAUGUACAAAAGAACUUGAAGAAUCACGAACAAAAUUGAAUUCGUCAAACGAAGAUAGUAGUGUUCCGAUGGUGAGUGAUGAACCAUCAACGGUUAAAGAAGAACAAUCGCAAACAGCAUCCAUCAAUUAUGAAACGAUUGAAAAAUUGGAAGAAAAAUUAGAUUCAUUACAAUCGGAACAGAAAAAUCUAUUCCUAAUCAUUUUACAACGAUUCAUCAUGAUACUUACCGAGCAUAUUCAAAGUUGUGAAGCUGAAGGUAAAAGUUUUCGUAAUUAUUGGUAUUUUUGGACAAUGAGUCGUUUGCAAGAAGUUUUAUUCUUGUACAAUCAAUUUAUAUUCAAAUAUCAGGAUACAUAUGAAUCAUUACUUUUUACCAACGAUGUUGAUUCAAAUAUUUUGGCCAUAUUUAAACAAUUUUUAUAUCUUCAUGCUUGAAAAUCGAUUGAUUUAAGAAAAUUUUUUUUCAAAAUCAUUCACCUAUUUACACACUAUAGGCUUCGGUGAGAAAUCAUUUGGAAAUAGACCAUCCAUUAUAAUAUUGAUGAUGAUAAUUAAAUUCAAUUUUUAUUGGAUUUGUUUUCUCAAAUUGAUUAAUGUUAUUUUGGAUUUCAUUCAUUAUCUAUAUAUCUCAUAUAUAUGCGUCAUUUUCUUUGGAAA